AUGGCCGUCCUCUCUGCCCUUCUGGGCUUCUUAUAUCUAUCAGUUUGCGCCUCAAGCAACCCUCUCUCACCUAGGGGAGGGCAUUCGCUGAACCUCAAUGUCGUCGACAAUGGUGGUCUUGGUUGGAGAAUGCCAUUCGACUUUCCGGAUCCCUCAGUGAUCCGGGGCCGGGAUGGCAGGUGGUAUGCCUUCGCAACCGAAGGCAACGGCAAGCCUCUCCAGGUGGCAUACGCAGAUGAUUGUUUCGGGCAAUGGCACCUGCUGGACCACAACCCUCUCCAGCACGGCUCAUGGACAAGCGGCCGCAACACCUGGGCCCCGGAUGUCCGAGAACUCAAUGAUGGCAGCUACAUCAUGUACUUCACCGGGGAGGUGCCAAACAGCCACCGCCACUGCAUCGGCAUUGCCCGCUCCUGGGACAUCUUGGGCCCCUAUUGGCCUGACCCAAACCCCUGGAUAUGCCCUUAUGACCAAGGAGGAGCCAUCGAUGCGUCCGGCUUCGUCGAUCCCGGCUCUGGAGAUCGAUACGUCGUCUACAAGGUCGACGGCAACUCCCACGGGGCCCCUACACCCUGCGGGACUGGCGUCGACGACCCCAACAUGCGCACUCCCAUCAUGCUCCAGAGGGUUGGGGCAGACGGCUCGACCAAGCUGGGCGGCCCCAUUGAGAUCCUGAACCGCGUCCCUCAUCUGGACGGCGCCCUGGUCGAGGCACCGAACCUGUACGACGUCAAGUACGCCUACAGCGACAGGAUCGAGGGCCCCUACGUCCGCGCGGGGGGCCCUCUGCUGAGAGCUCCGUACUAUGGCCUCCGUGCCCCUGGCGGAGCGACGAGCAGCGUCGAUGAGUAUGGCCGUGAGUUCUUGGUCUUCCACGGCGAUUGCGGGGAUUCUCGACGGUGCAUGUACUCCGCGGAGUACUAUUAG